GCAGUGUCACGUGAUCCGUGACGCCGCCUCUUGCCCUUGACUGUGAUGGCGGCUUCUUCCUCCUCUGCCCUGAUGGUGGCUGCGGCCGUGGCUCUGGGCGGCGGGCUAGUGUUGGUGGCUCGCAGGCUAAUGAGCAGCAGCGGUGCUCGAGCGGCCGGCUCCGGGCUCAUGCGGGGGAAGACGGUGAUCAUCACCGGGGCUAACAGCGGCAUCGGGCGAGCCACGGCGGCCGAGCUGGUCCGGGAGCAGGCCCGGGUGAUCCUGGCAUGCAGAGACCGGGGCCGGGCGGAGGAGGCGGCCCGGGAGCUGUGGCUGGAGGGACCCGGGGAGGUGGUCAUCAAAGAGCUGGACCUCAGCUCACUGCGAUCCGUCCGCAGGUUCUGCCAGGAGGUGGUCAAGGAAGAACCUCACUUGGAUGUCCUCAUCAAUAAUGCUGGGAUCUUUCAGUGUCCCUACAUGAAGACAGAAGAUGGAUUUGAAAUGCAGUUUGGUGUCAACCAUUUGGGCCAUUUUCUCCUCACUCAUUUGCUUCUGAGCCUCUUGAAAAGUUCUGCUCCUAGUCGGAUUGUGGUUGUUUCAUCAAAACUUUACAAAUACGGUGAAAUCAACUUUGACGACUUGAACAGUGAGAAGAGUUACAGUAAAAGUUUUGGCUACAGUCGCAGCAAAUUGGCCAAUAUUUUGUUCACUAGAGAACUCUCCAGACGUUUGGAAGGCACGGGGGUUACAGUCAAUGCUCUGCAUCCUGGGAUUGUCAGAACUAAUUUAGGGAGAUACAUCAAUAUUCCUAUUUUGAUGAAGCCCUUGUUUAGCGUGGUGUCAUGGGCCUUCUUUAAAUCGCCAGAGGAAGGUGCUCAGACAUCUAUAUAUUUGGCUACCAGUCCAGAAGUUGAGGGAGUAUCUGGGAAGUACUUUGGUGAUUGCAAAGAAGAGGAGUUACUGCCCAAAGCCAUGGAUGAUUUAGUAGCUCGAAAACUCUGGGAUAUCAGUGAAAUUAUGGUUGGGCUUAUAAGAUAGACAUUUAAACUAUUCUACUAAAGUGGAGGCACACAUAUUAAAGCAUACCAACAACAGAGGCACUGUGAACAGGUGUCUUUCUAUAAAUAUAAUUGUCAAUGUUAAGGAUAAUGCUUAAAAAAAAAAAAACCUUUGCUUUUUAAUAAAGGAAAGGUUUUUUUUUUAACCAUUUUAUAGACAUCUCAA